CUUCUUUCUUUGCAUUAUAAUCACACUUCUUGUAAUAUACAUCACGUACGUAAUUAAAUGACAGGAGAAUUAAAUGGCGAUAAAACUUCGGGUUUAUCAGAAAAAACAAAAAAAGAUUACGAUAUUGUUAUGGGCAUUGACUUUGGAACCACGUAUUCUGGUGUUGCUUACGCGAGAGUCGGGGAGAUGGAAAGAGGACGUGCUGUCGUCUAUGAUGUGAGCAAGUGGCCAGGAGUUACAGCCUAUAGUCAAACGCCCACAAGAUCAGCAUAUACAAAUGGCAAAUUAAUUAAAUGGGGUGGUUUUGGAGAAGUUGCUAAAUUCAUUCAAAUUAUCUCGUUGUUUAAACUUCACUUGGACGAAACCAAAAAAGAUCUUAACAUCCCAGAAUUGGCUUCCGGAAUAGAUGUAGAACAGGCAAUUUCAGAUUACCUCAAAGCAAUUUUUGAACAUACGUGCGGGCAGUUGGAAGCCCAUUUUGGAAGGUCAUUUGAUACAAAUAAGUUACGGUUCUGCUUGACGGUACCUGUUAUUUGGACAGAAAAGGCUAAAAUCAUAAUGCGAGAUGCGGUCAUUAGAGCUGGACUUAUCAGUAAAGAAGAUCCACAGGACAGGUUGUUGCUGGUUGGAGAGCCAGAAGCUGCUGCUAUGUAUUGUGAAACUUUUCUUGAUGAAUACAAUCUUAAACCUGGUCAAAAUUUUCUCAUUUGUGAUGCUGGUGGAGGAACAGUAGAUCUUGUGGUAUAUCGUAUAUCUGGUGAUAAAAAGGGCAAAAAUUCGCUUAUGGAGGAAGUUGUAGGCGAUGGUGCAUCAUGUGGUUCAACUACCCUGGAUGUGAGAUUUAGGAGAUUUGUUUCUGAUAAUAUCAAAUUAUUUUUUGAAGAUGAAGACCCUUUGACUGACAAAGAGCUGGAUGCCAUUGUCAAGGUAUUCACGGAUGAAACAAAGUCUCAAGUAUGCCAUCCAUCAAAUCCCGAUUAUGACGAGGAUUUCUUAAUUGUAACGCUCCCUGAUCGAUUUGAUGAAUCAGAAGCUGACUGGACCUUGGGCAAACUAUUUGUUACGAAUUCUCAAUUCCAUGUGCAUCCUGAAGUUAUACUAUCGGAUAUCUUUUAUCCUGUAGUCAACCAGGUGCUGUCUUUGAUUGACACACAGCUGGGAAAAAUUGACAGAAAGCUAGACGCGAUAUUUUUAGUUGGUGGAUUCGGCCAAUCAUCCUAUCUGCUUCAUAAAAUUAAAGAUGAGUUUGCCAAUGAUGUGGCAUUGAUUUGUGCCCCUAAGCGUGGAGAAAUGGCUAUAGUCCGUGGAGCUGUCCUGAUGGGAUUGGAUCCCCAUUUUGUCAAGCAGCGUAUCAUACGUCGAACUUAUGGAUAUGAAUGCUCUUUGAAAUUUGAUGAAGAAUUAGACCCAGAAAGGUUACGAACUGUUGAUCAGAAUGGUGAAGUUUACUGUAACAAUCGGUUUAAAAGUUAUGCUUUGAAAGGAGAAGUCAGGGAUGUAGACUAUUACGUUUACACAUCAUUUAAGUGCUAUUACAACAAAAAUCCAGUACUGCAAUUGUAUGCAUAUGAUGGCAAUCCUGAUGAGCUUCCCAGAUAUACCACAGAUGACACGGUAAAGAAAGUUACUGAUUUUGAAAUUAAAUUGCCAAAUCUCCCAGGCAAAGGUCCUAGUGAUAUUGUUGACUUUGAUGUAAAAUUUUAUCUCUAUCAAACUGAAAUCAAGCUUGAGGUAGAAAUCGAAAACGUAAAAGCGAUUUAUACAGGCUCUUAUAGGUAGGUGGAUGAUAUGUCAUUUAUUGGAGAAAUUGAAUGAAGGUCAUUCGUCUGGACAUAAAAGUCUGGAAACAAGUGAUCCAAAGAAUCCCUCCUAUUUCAAAAAAUAGCGCUUAAUAAACAUUUCAAAGUUUUAGCUUUUAA